GCCUGCUUGGCACCGUGGAUGGAUCUUCUGGACUUGAGCCCUGCGCAUAAAAUUUGGAGACGAUCAGGGAACAAACUUGCACGCGCUUGCCACCACGACUCACGAGCUUGUGUUUGGGCAUGUGACAUCGCAUUGCUUGGAGCUGGUGGCCAUCUAUGAUUUUGUCGUAGCUUCUGGAGCUUCAGAAAGUACUGCCUUUGGCAUAAUUUCUCUUCAGCGCUGGAUUCAGUUCUCGUAGUGCUUUGGGCCACCUAAAUUUUGCGCCUGGCCUUGGAAAAAAGCUAAAAAGCCUUUAGAAAAUCCAAACGAUGAGACCGCCGCGGGGUGGAGGUGCAGGCUUCAGAGGAGGCGGCGGAGGCAGAGGGGGCGGUUUUAGAGGCGGGGGUGGGGGCGGUUUCAGAGGAGGGGGCAGAGGGGGAGGGGGUGGAUGGAGAGACGAAGGGCCACCCUCAGAAGUAGUAGAGGUGGCCACAUACUUGCACGCGUGCGAGGGCGAGAGCGUUGUGAAGCUGACCAACGUCAAGAUUCCGUACUUCAACGCGCCAAUCUAUCUGGAAAACAAGACCCAGAUUGGGAAGGUGGAGGAGAUCUUUGGUCCCAUCAAUGACGCCCACUUUUCAAUCAAGAUGGAAGGCGGCGUCGUGGCUACCUCGUAUCGAUCAGGGGACAAGUUUUACAUCGACCCCGCAAAGCUGCUGCCCCUCGAAAGAUUCCUGCCGCAGCCCAAGGGUGCCAGCACCGGUGGUCGCGGCGGCGGUCGGGGCGGUCGGGGCGGUCGCGGGGGUGGAAGAGGUGGACGGGGCGGGGGCGGUGGUUUUAGAGGGGGGCGGUGGCGGAGGUUUGUCUUCGUCAUACCGUACCUAUUAUGGUUGCUGUACUGCCAUGGUCUUGCUCUUUGGUCCCCAGGCACCGCCGGCAUUUGGGAGAACUUCUUCAAGGGAGAAGCGCUCCAAAAAGUGUUGUCCUCGCCAUAA